AUGUCGAGAACACUGUCUCCGCAGAAGGACGUCCAACCCGUGACUCCAGAAUACCCAUGGAGAUCCGACAACCCAUUCGGUCCACCUCAAAUACCGCCAUCCGCCCCCAGUGGCAUUAAACGACUCCGAAACACACUAUCAAAACUAUCACCAUCCGCCUUCGCGGAAAAGGAACUCCUCCGAAAAAAGAACCAGUGCAAGAGUCCCCUGACGCAGAGAAAUGUCCACACCUUGGUCACCGAGCAAGAAUGCAACGAAGCCUACAAGCCCAAUCUACACUCGCCCCAAAUCCAAGUCACUGAAUGGUUACAACGAGUCUCCUGA